AUGGCCGGCCCGACCGUGUUGCCUGGCGCCGAGAGCGAGUUAAAGCAUUACCUGCGCUUCCAGUGGUGCCGCGAUCAAUUGAUGAAAGAAGAGGUAGUCAUCGUUCCACGGUUGGACAAGGAAACGGAUGGCCGCGGCAGUACCGGAAAGCUCUUCAGCGAGACCCUCAACACGCCAGCGACCAUCUCCAACCGCAUUGUCAUAUUCCACGACCCAUCCAUCGAGCCUACAUCGCAUCCUGAUUCGGAUAGUAUUUGGUUACCCGUUACUACCUGCACGGUCUUUUAUACGCUGGGAGAUGGUGUCUGCGGCUUUGGCGACAUAUGUCAUGGGGGAAUCCAGUCCACACUCCUCGACGAUGUUAUGGGUGUAUUUGGCAUAAUCAACGCUCGACUGCAAGAUGGCAUGAUCCCCUCGAGACCGCCUGGUAAAUUCUUUCCAAGGAAUAAUCCAAGGAUGCUCAAUCUGGCCAAGAAAUCGAUAGCAACACAGGGAAUCCAAGUGGACUUCCUGCGGCCUCUGCGUGCUCCGACGGUGAUACAGGUCACUGUGAAUCUUAAGGAUAUUGAGCACGAUGGGAAUUCUUUUCUUGUCCAUGGUGUUAUCAAGGAUGGAAAGGGCAGAGAAUACGCCAAGGCGCAAGCACGUUGGGUGGUAUUUAGCGGUAGACGAAAGCUAUAA